AUGAAUGGAGGAUCUCUCAAAAAAACCAAGAGCCUCUUUACUAAACUCCUGGAACAAUUCACACCCACAAAAUGUCUCAAAAAAACCAAACAAUUUCAUGCCCUCACGGUCACUUCAGGCCUUCAGUCCACCAACUUCCAAUUCCCCCUCGUCACUGCCAAAGCGCAGUGCGGUCGCACUUCUUACGCACGCAAACUGUUCGAAGAAAUGCCCAAGCGAAACUUGUUCUUUUAUAACACCUUGAUAAAGAUGUAUUCACGUAAUGGUUCGUCGUAUGAUGCUCUUAACCUCUUUGUUGAAAUGCUCAGGUUUGAAGUGUGCCGCCCUGAUAAUUAUACGUACCCUUUUGUUAUUAAAGCGUGUAGUGACGUGGGUUUGCGCAAAUUGGGCGUUGCAUUUCAUGGGAGAACGUUGGUUGAUGGGAUUGAUAUGGAUGGUAUUGUGCAGAAUUGUUUGAUUGCAAUGUAUAUGAGUUUUGGAGAGGUAGAGGUGGCGAGGAAGGUGUUUGAUGCAAUGAGGGACCGCAACGUGGUGACGUGGAAUACUAUGAUAAGUGGGUACUUUAGGAAUGGGUAUGCUAGGCAAGCUUUGACGGUUUUUGAUUGGAUGGUGAAGAGUGGACAGGAGCCUGAUUGUGCUAGUGUGGUUUCAGUGUUGCCUGUGUGUGGUUAUUUGAAGGAAGUUGAUGUGGGGAGAAGGGUUCAUGCCUUGAUGGAAAAUGGAGAUUUAGGGAAGAAAAUUACGGCGUGGAAUGCGUUGGUUGAUAUGUAUGUGAGGUGUGGUAAUUUGAACGAAGCACAGGUGGUUUUUGAUCGGAUGAGUGAGAGGGAUGUAAUUACAUGGACGUCAAUGAUUAAUGGGUACAUUUUGAAUGGGGAAGUGAGGAAUGCAUUGGGGCUUUUUCGUAUGAUGCAGUUCGAAUGGGUGAGGCCUAAUUCAGUGACAAUAGCAUCACUUCUUUCAGCUUGCUCCAGUUUUCAUUAUCUGAAGAAUGGAAGGUGUUUGCAUGGGUGGACAAUAAGACAAAAGCUUGAGUGUGAGGUAGUUGUGGAAACUGCAUUGAUUGAUAUGUAUGCAAAAUGUAAUCGUGUUGAACUCAGCUUCCGAGUGUUUGCAAGAACAUCAAAAAAGAAAACAGUACCAUGGAAUGCAAUUUUGUCGGGGUGCGUUCACAAUGGGCUCACAAGAGAAGCUGUGGAACUUUUCAAACAAAUGCAGAUGGCAGCGGUACAACCUAAUGAUGCAACCUUAAACAGUCUUCUUCGGGCAUAUGCCAUUCUUGCAGAUUUGCAGCAAGCAAUGAAUAUACAUGGUUAUCUAAUAAUAUCUGGGUUUCUUUCAAACGUAGAAAUUGCUACAGGGCUGAUUGAUAUAUAUUCGAAGUGUGGGAGUCUAGAAUCUGCCCACAAGAUUUUCAGUGGGAUUUCCACAAAGGACAAAGAUAUUAUACUAUGGAGUGUAAUAAUUGCUGGUUAUGGAAUGCAUGGAAAUGGUGAGGCUGCUGUUUCACUGUUCAAAGAAAUGGUUCAAUCUGGGAUGAAACCAAAUGAUGUUACCUUUACUUCAGCUUUGCAUGCAUGCAGCCACUCUGGUCUGGUCGAUGAGGGCUUGGAUUUGUUUAAAUUCAUGCUUGAAAACCACCACCCAAGCCCUUGUGCUGAUCACUACACUUGCAUUGUUGAUCUUCUUGGUAGAGCAGGUCGACUGGAUGAAGCUUAUGAUCUGAUUAGAACAAUGCCUCUUAAGCCUACUCAUGCUGUUUGGGGUGCACUGCUUGGUGCUUGUGUAAUACAUGAGAAUGUUGAAUUGGGAGAGGUGGCUGCAGAGUGGCUAUUUGAGCUUGAGCCAGAGAACACAGGGAACUAUGUAUUAUUGUCAAAGAUUUAUGCAGCAGUGGGAAGGUGGAAAGAUGUAGAGAAUGUGAGAGAUAGGAUGAACGAGAUAGGAUUAAGAAAAACACCAGCUCAUAGUUUAAUCGAGGUUAGGAAUAUGUAA